AUGGCUUCCAUAUCAAUGCAGACACCAAGGAAAGGCAAAGAGUUCCCUGAACAGCACGAAAACAACGACGAGCGGUUCGACCUCUCGCCCACGGGGACGACAACGAGCUACGCCUCGUCAUCGACUAUUGCCGCCACCGGCCCCAGUUCGCCAACGGACCGCGACGAGACCCACAACACUACGACGAAAACAACGACAGCGGCGGCGACAAAGUCCAAAUCGAUACGGAGCGAAGGCGAGAUCACACUACACGGCCCGCUCAGGGUCACUGGUUCCGUGGGGGCUGGUGGAAACAUAGCGUUCAAUGGCGAUUUUGAUGUGAGGGACAGAAUCGAGGCCUACGGGGCUAUUGAGGUUAAUGGGAAUCUGGUGUGCAACGGGAGGCUGAAGGCAUAUGGGAACAUUCAAGUCGUCGGGUACAUGUCCAUUGGCGAUGACCUCAAAGGCUUCGGCAAGUUGAGGAUCACCGGGACGUGUGAGGCCAAUGAUCUGGAGAUCUAUGGCAAUACGACGAUCAACGGGUUUUUAAGAAUGACUCUUUACGGGUCACUGACGAUCGUGGGGCCAAACUCGGGAUACCACGUCGAGGAAGAGCAGAAGGUUUGGGGCGCAAUAAUUAGCCGCGAGGAAGACGUGGGCUGGUGA